AUGGCGCUAGGCCUAUAUGUCAACGCCGUGCGCGUUCCCAGCCGUUGGGUACUUGCCAUGCCUUCCGCACAGGACAUUGCGUCAAAGCUGGCUCAUAUCUCCGGCCUUCUCAACGCGGGGGGUACGAAUGCACAGAUGAAGGAGUGGUACGAGGAAUACAAGAAGCUGCGCGUGGAGCUGGAGCAGGCGAGGGCUUUGCAGGCGAAAGAUGCAAAGGCUAAUUAG